AUGGCGUCCUCGGAGUUUUACAAUGACCAUCACAGCCCCAUCCUGUCCAACGAGCAUUCUGCUGCCAGCAGCCCUUACAUGAUCAAGCCUCCAGCUACCACGACGUUUGCCCACCGACAACGCUCGUCGUCCAUGAACUCCAUCACCUCCAACCACUCGGUGCUCAACGCCCAUCUUCCGCAUGUUCCCAGCAACGUGCCUACUCCCAAUAACGCUCGCAGCAUGUCUAUAGUCAGCAUCGAAAGUCCGCGAAAUCUGAUCAUUUCCAUGGACGACACUUCCCGGCCGCUCCGCAAUGACCCUGGUGUGGGCUUGGCUGCUUUUGGCCCGGCGUUGCCCGCCACUGGCUGUCUGGCUGGAGGGAUGCCCUGUGGUGUCAGCAGCGAUGUCGCGCAUCAUCCCCGAGAAAAUGUCGUGCUGAGGGUGGCAUCGCCCCCCACCGACUAUUCCAACCGGCUCAAACUCUACAACAGUGCAUUAUUUUCCGACGACGACUCGGAGCUCGAGUUGGUGACCCCCACGCGUAACAUCGCCAAGCCCGUGUACAAAUUGAAAAAAUAUGCCCCUCCCACCACCGACGCCCUCGACCACUUGGAACAGAUCAAGUCCGACUUCCGCUUCAAGUACAAAGAUCACAUCAACUCCGAUAUCACAUCUCCCCCGUCGGUCCCCACCACAAAUGCACCAAACCACCCGUUCAAGCAUCUCCAAGACCCCACCCCGUCGCCGUUGUCGCUUAAUAACCAGGACAAGGAAUUGAGUCUCGACUUGCAAUCGUCGCGUGAAAAAUCCGAGUCCUCCAAGUUGACCAAAAAAGUGAAACCUUCAACUUCCAUGCAGAAAAUGUACUUGAAAAAAUUUUACUCGAAAGAGCUUCAAUUCGAAUUACUUCACAACUCCAACAUUUCUCCUCCCGUCAGUCCGACCAUCUCUUAUUCGGACUCGUUUAUUCCUGAUUUGCAUAAUAAAUUCGCGGUGCCGCACCUCAACUCACACCUCCCUAAAAAAACAGAAAGCAUAUCGGAUCAAAAUAAGGCAAUCACCAAAUUGAAUCAGAAAUGGAACAAAUCCAUGUAUUCUGAAGUCCUGGAAAAAAAGAAAGACGAAAAUGACGCGGAACAAAAAUCCAAGCUUCCUGAUUCCAAAAAGGAAGACAUAUCUCGAAAGCGAUCCAGAGAUUGGGCCGAAGACGAGGACGAUACUUUUGACGAAAGAGAUGACUUUUAG